AAAUAAGUACGUUGUGCGAUGUGAAAUUGUCCUCACCAGUUCACCUGUUGACAGAACAAGGCGUCGGUGUCAUGGCCUGAUCACCAGCCUAUCCAAGUUAAUGACACUUAUUAGAUUUGGUAGCGCUGGGAAACCUUUACUGAAACAUGUCACAUAUUGCACCUAUCAGAAAACUGGUAUGGCAGUGGCGGAUUUAGGGGAGAGAGGGUGUCAGGGGGGUCCUGACCUCCCCCCCUUCGGUUUCUGGAAAAAAAAUCACACCAAUAUUAACCUCUUGAUAUUCGAUCUUGAAGAGCUGAAUCAUAGCUCUAAACUGCACCAAACGGCACCGUUUGCCCUCCAAAACACCGAACCCAACCCCAAGGAGAUAAUGGUCGGCUUCACAUCCGAGGCUUGUCAUUCUGAAAAAAAAAAUGAACCCCCUCCAAAUAAUCCUGGAUCCGCCCCUGUAUAUGGCAGAUGUAAGGUGUGUUAUCAGUGUAGGAAUGUCAAUAUAUUUUAGAUAAAUUCUGUUCGGUUUUCAAAAUCCGAGCACUCCUCCCCUCGCUCUCAUCUCGGUUCCACCCCUGGUGUUUUCAAACUGAACCAUUUUUCCUUCUACUCCUUCCAAAAUAUUAUAGCAACCCUCCACCUCCAUUAACCUAUACACACGGGCGCACGCACAUUUAUAAAAGAACAGUAAGCAUAUGCAGAUCUGUUACAUAAAAAUAUGAAAUACAAGUCACAGUAUGGUCUGCUAGACACGCAUUGAAAAAACGGUUCACUGAAAAAAAAGUUGUCUAUACAAGUUUGAAGAGGCGAGAGCCAGUUAAUGUUAAAAAGGGCGUUUGAGGUAGGAAACCAGGUGAGGCAGCGCCAUUUUCCGUAGCUUUCAGUUGCUUUGAUAAUUCAUAGUUCACUCAAUCCACGUGUUCGAACUAGUAAGGGCGGUUACCUGAGUUUUUUCAUUGACAGCAAAAUAUAUAACAGGUAUAUUACACCCAGGUUUGUGACCAUAGUGAGUGUUAACUAUGCCACUACUGAGCGAUAUUCUAAUCUUCUGCCGCUACUGUGUCAUUGUUCUUCUCGACUGGUUAUUCCAUGUCGUCCUGGGGCGUCGCUUUACGCCGCUCACAGAGGACAGCCUGCUCCGAGAUCUGUCUCUUAACGACCAGCGUCUCCUGCUGUCCGACAGUCUCACUGGGCGCUGGUGGUACCAGGGGUUUACUCAACUGUUGAAAUGUUACCGUGAAGAUGACACCUGCUCGGUGGAUGGGAGGAUGGGGAUAGAAAGGAGAUGGAAGGAGAUAUUAAAGAACAGACUUGCUAUAUCUAGACGACUUCCAAAUGUGGAUUUGACAAAGUACCCUAUCAAGGAGCCUAUUUUCAUCAUUGGGCCAAUGCGGACGGGGACAACGUUUCUUCAGAAUUUGCUGUACCAGGACCCGCGGAACACUUCGCCACUCUCCUACGAGUUGAUGUGCCCCGUGGAGGAGAACACAGACGCUGUGAACGCUGGGAAAGAUCUGCAUGUUCUCAUGUUCAGUUCCUUACUAGAUGCCGCGUACCGAGUUAAGCGACUGCGUAAAAACAUUCACAACAUCCAGGCCAAGAGUCCUCACGAGUGUUUCCAUUUGUUCGACAAUAUGGGAAUAUUUAAGUUGUACCAAGGGGUGAUCGGUAAUACUGGGCCAUUCAGAGACUGGGUGCGCGCUCGAACCAAGGAAGAGAUGGUGGAAGCCUAUCGUUUCCAUCGAUUGCAACUUCAGCUUAUACUUAUAGCAAGAGCAAAAUCGUACUGA